AUGGCGGCAUUGGCUCCGGCACAGCCCAGAUUGCCACCCGGUGGAGACUUGAAGCUACCACGGGGUCCGAGAUAUCACAAGCGAAGAGAGCAGAAUCGGGUGGCUCAACGCGCGUUUAGAUGGCACAAGGAACAGCAUCUCAAGGACCUCGAAGACAAAGGGGCGGUUCUGGAAGCGACUAGAGUCAGGAUCAACGCCGAGAACGCCCAACUGCAAGAAGACCUGGAGCGAGCUACCAUAGAACAUUCUCUCCUGCAAAACUUGACCCAGUCCAACAGCCCAUUGGAUUGCGCCGACCGGUCCGAACGCUCGUCUACAUCCACUCCCUGUCGUGAAUGGUUCGCGAGCCCGCCACCCACUUCAAGCUUCGAACCACACUCCCUGGUGGGCACGCGUCCGCUGUACCGUGGACAUCAGCUUAAUGGGGGACAGAUAUGGAAGUUCAUUAUUGGUCACCAUCUGUUCCAGCAAGGACUGGCGGACGUUGACAUGAUUACCCAUGAACUGCGCAGGUUCCGUCAACGGGAUGAAAUGGAGGGUAUUACAGAAGACAUUCUCACCAACUGCAUUCAGAAGAGCGUGAUGCCGCGGCAGGAGGGUUACAGUUAA